AAACAAAAAUAUCUCUCUCUCUCUCCCCCACUUAUAGCCUUUGUAUUGUUUUGGUUUCGCCUACAAAGCAACAGCCUUCUUUUUCUUGAAGCUCUUAGAAACCCCAUCUGAGGGAGUGACAAGUUAAGAAGAAGAUGGCGCCGCCAGCAGCAGCGGCCGGAGGAGGACAGCAACCGCGGCAGCAGCAACAGCAAGGUGGAUUUGGACAGACCAUAACUGGAAUCAUAAGGAUCGCCGUCUUUUGGUACUUCGCUUCCAAAUUCUUCUCUCCAAAGAAGCCCGCCGACCCUUCUCACCUCAUCUCCAAUCUCUUCCAGAAGGGCGAGCCCCUGGAUAUGUGGUUAUAUCUGUCUGAGCACGAAAAAUUCAAUGACUUUGGGAACGAAGCUUCUCUUGUAUGGCAUGAAACUAAUAUUCCUUAUGCCACUUGGGGUCCUGAAAGCACCCGUACUCUUUCUUUGAAGUACCAUCCGUCUGAGGCCUUGAAAAACAAUGGCAGUCUCUAUGCCCACGUUUUCUUUGCACGCUUGGGUUACCCUGUAGAUCCAAAUGACCCUGAAUACCAGCCUCAAUCUGGCUUUGGGCGGACUUACUCUGUUGUGACAUAUUUGCCCAAGUCAAGAUCAGAGAAGAGGAAGAGUCUUCUCGGAAACUCCAAAGAUGAUGAAGGGGUUGAACCAGUGGCUAUGGUGGCUGAUAAUGCUGAAGCUGACUCUAAAGAUGAUGGCCCUGUUGAGUGGGUUGCUUAUUGGAAACCAAAUAUUACUAUUAACUUGGUUGAAGAUUUCACACGAUAUGGGCAUAAUGCUGUACCACCAAAUGUUGCUCCUUACUUAAAUAUUGAGCCUAGUACAGGAAAUUACUACCCAACCAUCUUCUUUAAUGAAUUUUGGUUACUUAGAGAUAAGCUUAUUGCAAUCAAUGAAUCAGUGACAGAAUUGCCUCUUAAUUUGGGGGUUGGCCCCAUAAGCAUGAUGAAGUGGCAACUAUUCCUGCAGAUUGACCAGUCAUUCCAAAUCCAUCGUAGUUAUGGAAGCAUGCUUGAAGGCGAGGCUGAUGAACUGAAGAGGGUCUUCUUGGAAGGAAAUCCUUACUUGCUGGUGAUCACAAUGAUCGUUUCUUUGCUUCAUUCUGUGUUCGACUUCUUGGCUUUCAAGAAUGAUAUCCAAUUUUGGAACAAAAAUAAGUCUAUGGAAGGACUGUCUGCAAAGUCUGUUGUUGUGAGCUUUUUGUGUCAGUUCAUUGUUUUCCUCUAUCUACUUGAUAAUGAGACCUCAUGGAUGAUACUGGCAAGCUCUGGAGUUGGUUGCUGCAUCGAAUUUUGGAAAAUCGGGAAAGCAAUGCACAUAGAGAUUGAUAGAAGUGGAAAGAUACCUAUGUUGAGGUUCCGAGAUCGUGACUCAUAUGCGAGCAAUAAAACUAAGGAAUAUGAUGAUCUAGCGAUGAAGUAUUUGUCCUAUGUGCUCUUCUUCCUUGUUGCAUGCUUUUCUGUUUAUUCCCUUAUGUAUGAGCGCCAUAAGAGCUGGUAUUCUUGGAUUCUCUCUUCACUCACAAGCUGUGUAUACAUGUUUGGUUUUAUCAUGAUGUGCCCUCAACUGUUCAUAAACUAUAAGCUUAAGUCUGUGGCUCAUUUACCCUGGAGGCAGAUGACAUACAAGUUCCUCAACACCAUCAUUGAUGAUCUCUUUGCAUUCGUCAUAAAAAUGCCUACACUUCAUAGGCUUUCUGUCUUCCGUGAUGAUCUUAUAUUUAUGAUCUAUCUGUACCAAAGGUGGGUAUACCCUGUGGAUAAGAAACGUAUAAAUGAAUUCGGCUUUGGAGGUGAGGAUGAUCAGGCAUCUGGCAGUACAGAUGUGACUACCACUACUAGUAAUGAAGAAGACAAGAAAACGAACUGAGAGCUUUGUUUUUGUUUUUGUUUUUGUUUUGUUUUCUAUCAAUUAGUUUAGCUUUCUUUAGCAACCCUUUUUGUUUUUGUUAUUUUUGGGGAUGUAAUUCAAAUAGUGUUGGCUUUUUUGUUUUAGAAAGUAAUGUUGGAAAAUUAUAGCAGACAGGCUUGGUUAUAGGGCCAUUGCUUCGGUCUCAUAUUUGUGAGCUAACAUGGUUGUACUGUGUAUCAACAUCAGUUACAAUUUCCUAAUUUUCUUGGCCUUUUAACGCUUA